AUGGCCCGCCAGUCUCUUCAACUCGAGCUCGCCGAGCGGCCCACCGGCCCGAUCAUCCCCGGCAAAACUUUUCGCCAAACCCGCAUCGAUGCCCCCACCGAGGCCGACCUGAAAGACGGCCAGGUCUUGAUUGAGUGUCUCUACGUCUCCCUCGAUCCGGCCAUGCGUGGCUGGCUGGACGACCGCCGCUCGUAUCUGCCACCCGUUGCCAUCGGGGAGGUCAUGCGCGCGGCCGCCGUCGCCCGUGUUCUCGCGUCGCGCUCCAAGAAGGCCGCGCCGGGGGAUAUCGUCACCUCGUUGAUGGGGAUUCGCGAGGUUGCGAUUGUAGGGGAGGACAAGAUUGAGACGGCGGCGGAAUUGGGCGUGAAGCUAGCGAAGGCAGGCGAGAACGGCCCGCGGGUCACGGAUCUGCUGGGCGUGUUCGGGCUGACGGGCAUGACGGCGUAUUUCGGCAUGAUGAAAAUCGGCGAGCCCAAGGCUGGCGACACCGUGGUGGUGUCCGCUGCGGCAGGCGCUACAGGCAGCGUGGCCGCGCAGAUUGCCAAGAUUGCCGGCGCUCGUGUUAUCGGAACGGCGGGUAGCGACGAGAAGUGCCGCUGGCUGAAGGAGGAACUGGGUCUUGACGUCGCGCUCAACUACAAGGACCCAGAGUUCAAGGCUAAGUUCAAGGAGGCCACGCCCAAGUUUAUCGAUGUCUUCUUUGAUAAUGUGGGCGGUGAGCAACUCGACAUGGCUCUGGGCCGCGCCAACACCUUCUCCCGCUUUGUAAUGUGCGGCGGGAUUUCGCAAUACAAUGCCACGACCAAGUCUGGCCCGACGGCGAACUUCAUGAACGUCGUCACCCAACGCAUCAAGAUGCAAGGCUUCAUCGUCUUCGACUUCGCCAAGCAAUACCCGGUCGCGCGCGAGCAGAUUGGCCGUUGGCUGGCUGAGGGCAAGCUCCAACGCAAGGAGACUAUCAUCAAGGGCGGUAUUGCGGGGUCCGAGGAUGCGCUCAACCAUCUGUUCCAGGGCAAGAACAUUGGAAAACUCUUGGUGGAGGUCAAGAAUCCCGAAGAGGCCCCGCGGUUGUAA